AUGAGGUCCCUUCGUUUGCUGAGCCUCUCGCUCUUGGCCACUCGCGCCGUUGCAUCGGGCACCCAUGCCUGGACGCCUCGGGCAGCGAAUGACCAGAACUGCGAGCUGUACUCUGUCAAAGACGGUGAUACCUGCCUCAGCAUCAUCCGCCAGACCAAUGUUACGUUCGCACAGAUCAUCGCCUGGAACCCUGAUAUAGACAAGCAGUGCGCAAAUAUCACUGCGUUUGCAGGUCAAGAUAUCUGUGUCAGCAACCCAGAGGGUAAUUACGCUAUCCCAAGCAACUCCCAAGGAUCGCCAACCAUCGUCACUACUACUGCUCCCAUCCCGGACCCGACCCCAAACGAUACAUCAGACAGAUGUGCUCAGUACCAUCUUGUCACUGUAGGGGAAGACUGCGGCGUCUUCGCUGUCAAAUAUGGCAUCACGCUCAAAGAUUUCAUCUUUCUCAAUCCCCAUGUCUGGGAGAACUGCACAAAUGUCUACAAGGACUACUACUAUUGCGUUCGGCCUGUAGGGUAUAUCUCUACAUACCCGGGCUACUUGCCAACUACUUCUACCAAAGAGUUCGUCCAGACACCUUUUACGCCAUUGCCGCUCGACUAUGAUAUCCUCGCCGACUAUGUUAGCACCAACCCUGUGAUUCCACUUGCCAAUAAGACGCGCGAGGACUGCAGCUCAUAUUUGUAUCUUGCCAACAUCACGGCAACCCCGAAUCUUGCAGACUGUUGGUCCAUGGCCAUGGUCCAUGACAUCACCCCAGAAGAAUUUAUUCUCUGGAACCCUUCGCUGGCCAAGUCUCCGUCUAACGCAUCAGAUUCUCACUCUUACAAUUAUCCUUGCACCGUCUCAGAGAGCGUAUCUUAUUGCGUUGCCCUCGAGUCCGCUACCCAAGCCCCUGGAGAAGAAGAUGUCGAAGCUCCGCCCAGCCCACGUGCGGCCGGCGAGAUUGAGAAUUGCACUGCCUGGUUUGCUCCCGAAUUGUAUCAGUCUUGCGAGUCCGUCCUCCUGACCACAUGGCUCGAGUUUGACGACUUCUACCGCAUGAACCCGUCAGUCAAAAGCGACUGCACCGGAUUGGCCGUUGGCACAUACUACUGCAUAUCGACCAAUGCGGACGGCAGCCCACCGUUAUACGAGGACGAGGAUACCACGACCACCAGCACCUCGGCUACGGCCACGGCCACGGAUGUUGGCACUCCCAGUCCUGUGCAGUCUGGCAUAGCCUCCAACUGUAAUGACUUCUAUCUUGUGCAGGCAGGUGACGGAUGCUGGGCCAUUGCCAACGAUCACGGUAUCGAGCUGAAUGACUUUUACGGGUGGAAUCCUGCUGUGAAGAACGACUGCGGCGGGCUCCAGGCUGAGGUGUAUGUCUGUGUGGGCGUCGAGGACAGCACCACAACGACGUCAAAGAACAUUCCCAGCACCACACUUGGUGGCAUCGGCUCUACACCCACACCCAUCCAGGACGGCAUGGUCGCGGGCUGCAAGGACUUUUACUUUGUUCAGGCAGGCGACGGAUGCUGGGCCAUUGCCAAUGAUCGCGCUAUCGAGCUGAAUGACUUCUACGAGUGGAAUCCUGCCGUAAAGAACGACUGCUCUGGACUACAGGCUGAAGUGUAUGUAUGUGUCGGUAUAUAG